AUGGACACCAGGAUCAGGGUAGACCUCGACAAGGAGAUGUAUGAAGGAGGAUCGGAGAUAAGGGGAGCCAUCGACAUGAAAAUGAGAAGUCCUCUUUGCAUAGGUAGGAUAAAUCUGAUUCUAUCUAAGGUGGUAAAGCUAAGGGUACAGAAGGUCAGGAGAACAGAAAGUGACAAUAACGACGAGAUCGAAGAGACGUGCAGCGGAUAUAGGCACAAGUUUGAAGUUUAUUCAAACGAUGACCCCAUGGGGGAAAUCUCUAGUGGGCAUCACAGGUUCCCAUUCAGGUUCAUGCUUCGGAAAGAGGACGAGGGGUCUUCGGAGAUAAAGGGCGUUUACUUUGAUGUUCUGUGCAACGUAAAAAGCACAUACGAUUUGUACGUGGAGGUCUAUAUACUAGGCAUCCAUAACCCGGUAUAUACUGCCAGGAAGGAGAUCCAGGUGAUAGAUCCCAUUACUGAGCUCCAGAGGUUCCAUACAGCCAUUGACGUGCUGUCACCAAUCUGCUUCUUGAGCAAAAGAUACAAUAUUUACUUUGAAACCAAUAAGCAGCUCUACUACUCGGGAGAUUAUCUGGUUGUUGAAGCCUCCAUACCAUCGAGAAAGCCCAGAAUCAAGAGUAUGGAGUGCUUUAUGUAUGAAAUACUUAAUAUCUCUGUCGAGGGACGAGAGAUUUUGAGGACAAAGUAUGUUGCUGGGGGAGAGGCUGAGCAUCGAGAUGGAGGCAGAGUACUUAGGGCAUCCCUGAAGAUACCGUCGGCAACAGCAUCUACAGUGUCUGGCAAUGACUUCAGCAUGAAAGUGGUUUUAUUUAUGAAUCUCAAGCUGUAUAGAGGCACCCCUGUCAGGGUCAAGAAGUAUAUCCAUGUUGUCAGGAAGAAUAUGGUUUAUCCGGAAAUCGACUGCAUGGAUGUUCUUGAGGGAGAAAUAUACCCAGAAAAGAUACUUGUGCUGCCAUGA